AUGGCCACAACAGCAACCUCCUCACAAAUAUCCUCGCCCAGAAUGUCUCAGCAGACAGUGGCAUCCUCAGUAGCAUCAAGCAAUGUGUUUGUCAUUAAUGCGCUCGAAAAAGUAGCAGCUGCAAGAGAGGCAAGGCGAAACAAGGCUUUGAAAGAAGCUGUGGAUACAGCACUCAAAAUGCUCAAAGACAAUGAGCCCCCACCACAAGGACAAACUCGCUCAUCUGUCAUUCUCACUGCACUGCAGACAGCGAUUGAUACUCGCUCAGCUAAUUUAAUGACAAUAUCUCUGGACUGUCUUGGCAAAUUCAUCACCUACAACUAUGUCGCUGAUAUGGAAGAUGAAGUAGCACAGACUCAAGUCAUGGAAAAAGUAGUGGAUGGUAUAUGUGAUUGCUUCAUUGGCGAGGAAACUGAUAAAAAGGUGCAGCUGCAAAUCAUCAAGGCACUGUUGGACGCAGUUUACUCGACCAGCAAUCCACUUCAUUUAUCAGCCUUAUUAAAAGCAGUGCGCACAACUUACAAUAUCUUUCUGCUCUCUCGAAACAACGACAAUCAGAAUGUAGCUCAAAUUACCAUGACGCAGAUGGUGGACCACAUCUUUCGAAGAGUAAAAUCCAAUCCCAAUGUUCUUGUGACACCAAAGGAAAAAGACAAUGAGUCUAUUCACAGCAGCAAGUCAGCAGCACAAGCACAUCAGGAAGAAGAGCCAGCAGCAAAAGACGAUAAUGAGUUGAAAGCAGAGGCAGAUGAAGCAGAGGCAACAGCAGCAGCACAGGCGAAUAAUGCAGUGACAAAUGCUCCUCAUGAAACAGACGAAGAUUCAGCCGCUUAUCAACAGCAAAUUAUUGUCGAGGCAAACAUGGCUCGUACUGAAAUGGAUCACAAGUUGCCCAGCGGUAAAUCCAAAGACAAUUAUGAGGAUUUUUUGAAUGAUACCGCCAAUGUGUUUCGAGAGGAAAACAAUGCAGCAUCUACUGCAUCGGCCACCAACAACAACCAUCUCACCACUGUGCCUACCUACGACACAACUGGAGCAUCCGAAGGACGAGGUUCAUUUGAAAAUGAGGGCAUUCAAAACGGAGAGUCAGAAACUGAUGCGGAUCUUUACAUCAAGGAUGCUAUUCUGGUAUUCAGGGCUCUUUGUAAGCUUUCUAAAAAGUCGAUCCAAUCUGAAUGGGGCAACGAUAUGAGAUCUUACUCGAUGCGAUCCAAGCUACUCUCUUUGCACUUGAUCCUGACCAUCAUGAUGUCUCACAUGGAUGUAUUCACCUCUGAAGACGUUUAUUUCUCUGCUGCUGUCAGCGAUCCCAGCGGCCACCGAGCCAACCCCUUUAUCCUGGAAGUCAAGCAGUAUCUGUGUCCCAGUUUAGGCCGCAACGCAUUUUCUGUGGUACCUCAAGUCUUUGAUAUCACGCAUGAAAUCUUGUGGCGAGUGGUGCAGGGUUUACGUGUCUACCUUAAGAAUGAAAUCGAGAUUUUCUUGAAGGAAAUCGUGUUGCGUAUCUUGGAAAUGCGUAAUGCCUCUAACCAGCAAAAGUUCUCCCUGUUGAAAGGUGUGCUGAGAAUUUGCGAGGAUCCUCAGACGUUGGUGGAUGUCUACUUGAACUAUGAUUGUGACCGUGAGGCUCUGGACAACAUUUAUGAACGUCUAGUCAAUGUCUUGUCAAAGAUCACAACAUCUCACAAUCAGCCUACCAACGGUAAGGACUAUGACAACCAUCCAGAUCCCAUCUCCAGUGUCCAUGCCGGUGGCCAUGCACAUUCCUCUGUUGUGAUUCCUCCUCCCUUAACAACAGCCACCAUCUUGAACAGUGAUAAGCAAAAUGCUCAAACUGCCAUGCCUGAAUCCGCUAUUCGCUUCAAAUCGCUCGAAUGUCUAGUAGCUGUCUUGCGCUCCCUGGUAGGCUGGUACUCCAAUAACUCUGUCAGCAUCACUGCUGGCGACACUGCCAAGAAAGACGACGAUACGCCUCGUGCCAGCGAAGAUCAUUCCAUCACACACCAUGCCAACGUCUCUAGCUCUCGUCUCGCAUCGCCUGCUACUAACGGCUCAUACACUGCGCUCAACACAGGCAGCAGUUCUCGCUUGGAUGACCCCGAAGAGUUUGAAAACCUGAAGCAUCGCAAACAGCUGCUGCAAGAGGGUGUGCGUCAGUUCAACUGGAAGCCCAAGAAGGGUCUCGCCGUACUAUCAAGCAACGGUUUCUUGAACCUGCAAGAUCCUCGCAGUGUUGCAUCCUUCUUGUUGACCACAGAGGGUUUGAACAAGACACAGAUUGGUGAAUAUCUGGGUGAAGGUGACGCUGAGAACAUUGCCAUUAUGCAUGCCUUUGUGGAUGAGAUGGACUUUACCAACAUGAAAUUUACCGAAGCAUUGCGUUUCUUCCUUCAAGCUUUCCGUUUGCCUGGUGAAGGUCAAAAGAUUGAUCGUUUCAUGCUUAAAUUCGCUGAACGUUAUGUGCAUGGUAACCCUGGUGCCUUUGCUAAUGCUGAAACUGCUUACGUGCUUGCUUACUCUGUCAUCAUGCUGAACACUGAUCUCCACAGCCCUCACGUCAAGCGCAGAAUGACACUGGAGGAUUUCAUCAAGAACAACCGCGGUAUCGAUGAUGGUAACGAUAUUCCUCGCGAGAUCUUGGAGGCGAAUUUCGAGGAAAUCCAAAAUAAUGAAAUCAAGAUGAAGGACGAAGUAGAAGCCGCUAAUGAAGCUGCGCUGGUGGCUACUCCUGGUGCUGCCGGUGUGUUGGGCAUGGUUGGCAUCCAAAACGCUCUAGUCAAUGCUGGUAUUGCUCGUGAUGUGCGUCGUGAGGCAUAUCAAGCUGCUACCGAGGAGAUGGGGUCUAAGACAGAGGCUAUGUUCCGCAGUAUGUUGGCGAGUCGCAGACGUGCUGGCGAAAACGACACCAUCACCUUUUACAGUGCGUCCCAUGUUGAGCAUGUGCGCCCCAUGUUUGAAGUCGCUUGGAUGGCAUUUUUGGCUGGUAUCUCGGGCCCGCUUCAAGAGUCGGAUGAUUUGGCUACUGUCAGCCUGUGUCUGGAGGGCUUCAAGAACGCUAUUCGUAUCAUUUGUCUGUUCCACACUGUUCAGUCUGAGGAUGUUGAUCUUCAACGUGAUGCCUUUGUGACGACGCUGACUAAGUUUACCUUCUUGACCAACCUGAACGAGAUGAAACCCAAGAACGUUGAGGCCAUCAAGACAUUACUCGAAGUAGCCGCAGUGGAUGGCAACUAUCUCAAGGGAUCUUGGAAGGAGAUUUUGUCUACUGUAAGUCAACUGGAGCGUUUCCAGCUGAUCACCAGCGGCAUGGAUGCUGGUGUUGGUCCCAUGGCUGAACCCACCAAGCGACCUGUCAAGGCUUCCAUGGAAAUGGGUCGUCGCACAUCUACCAUGGGUGGUCGUGGCCGUAGCUCAAACUCGUCUCGCUCCAACACGCAAUUGUCACUGACGGAAGAAGUGACAUCUGCUAGUUCAUCGCAAUCCCUGGUGCUUGCUGUGGACAGAUUAUUUACAUCAACAGUCAACCUGAACGGUGAAGCCAUCGUCGACUUUGUGCGCGCACUCUGUGAGACGUCUUGGGAGGAAAUUGUCAACUCUGCUUAUAUGGAACAUCCCCGUAUGUACAGUCUGCAAAAACUGGUAGAGAUCUCCUACUACAACAUGAACCGUAUUCGUAUGGAAUGGUCUAAUAUCUGGGCUAUCCUUGGUGACUAUUACAACAAGGUUGGCUGUCAGUCCAACUUUAACGUUGCCUUCUUUGCUCUUGAUUCACUGCGUCAAUUGGCCAUGAAGUUUUUGGAAAAGGAAGAAUUGCCUCAUUUCAAGUUCCAAAAGGACUUUCUCAUGCCCUUCCGUGAAGUGCUUGCCAACAACCCCGAUGUCGCUAUCAAGGACAUGGUGUUGCGUUGCUUGUCGCAAAUGAUCCAAGCGAGACCCCACCACUUGAGAUCUGGCUGGAAGACCAUGCUGUCUGUGUUUGCUACCGGUGCCUGUGAAUCCUCAGAAUCCAUCGUUCAUAUGACAUUUGACAUUGUUCGCAGUGUGACCAAUGAGCGCUUUGGCGACAUUGUGGCUAAUGGUACCUUCCCUGACUACAUCUCUUGUUUGGUCGAGUUCUCCAAAAACCAAAAGUUCCAAAAGAUUAGUUUACCUGCUUUAGACAUGAUCAAGGGCACGAUUCCCAAGAUGAUUGAAAUUGCCAACAAGAGCACGCCGCUAGAGAUCAACGACGCCCAUGCCUUGACCGCUUCCACGAUGCAAGCUUCUGGCGAUGACUUUUUGAUCAAGUUUUGGUUCGCCGUACUUUACGGCUUGAAGGAAGUCGUGAUGCAAAGCGAUGAUGUCGAAGUGCGUAAACGUGCUUUGGUCUAUCUGUUUGAGACAUUGAAGAAACAUGGCUCGUCAUUUACCCCUGAGUUUUGGACGACGGUGUCUCGCCAAAUCGUAUUCCCCUUGUUUGACGAUCUCAAGAGCGGAGGAGAUAGACGUAAGAUGACACCAGAGGACUUGAGCGUGUGGUUAUCUACCACCAUGAUUGAAGCACUUCGCAAUGUCGUUGAUUUAUAUACCUACUACUUUGAUAAUAUGAAGGAUAUGAUGCGCCAUGUAUUGGGACUCUUCAGCAUGUGCAUCACACAAGAUAACGACACACUAGCACAUAUUGGUUGUGAAUGUCUUGAUCAAUACAUUGAAGCCAAUGUCGAAAAGUUUGACAACAGUUGCUGGGAUCUAGUGACAGAGACAUUCAUUGCAUUGUUUGAAAACACCACAGCUAAUGGGCUGUUCGAUGAUACAGCAGAUUUAGUGGAGAAGGUCAAAUCACUGAAUGAUCAGCAGCAACAGUCGCCAUCACAGCAACAAGACGACUCUUCUCUAGACAUUGAAGUCAGUGAAGAGCGCCAGAGAAACUUCCAGCAAGUGAUCAUCAAAUGUGUCCUGCAGCUUAUGCUGAUCCAGACAGUGAACGAUUUGUUGGCUAAAGAUAAUGUUUAUUCUGCGUAUCCAGCUAUGCAUCUGAUGACUUUGAUGGGCUGUCUCGGUCGCUCAUUCCACUUUGCUAAGAAAUUUAACGUCGAUAAUGAUCUUAGAAUGGCAUUAUUUAGAUUUGGGUUCAUGAAACAACUUCCUAAUUUACUAAAGCAAGAAACAUCAAGCGGUGGAUGUUACGUGUCGGUGUUGAUGAGAAUGUAUGCUAAUUUGGAGAAUAUCAACGACAGAGAUGAUAAGCGUGAAGAGAUUGAAAAGAUUUUAAUACCACUCUGCAAUGAAAUUUUCACACUGUACGCUGAGCUCGAUCAUGAAACUAAACCCAAGAACAUUGCCGCAUGGACACCAGUGGUUGUAAAUAUCUUGAAUGGUCUAGCACAAUUACAAGACGAGGAUUUCUUGAAACAUGUUCCUCGCUUCUAUCUUCCUUCUGUUGAACUUCUAGGACAGGAGAGUCUCUUACCGGAAAUUCGAAUGGCUUUGCGAACAUUAUUAAUUCGUGUGGGUACCUCAUACCACAUCACCAAAUAA